UAACUGUUGACGUUUAUCCGCGUUGUGUUGUAUUUCCCGCGGUCCCACGCGGCAGCGGCAGCACACAGCAGUGUGUUGACUAUACGUGACCGGUAGUUGGGUGAAAAGGAAGACGCUGUCGCCUCGGCCGGCCCUGUGGAGCUAGCCGAUGUUGGCUUUCCCGUGCUACGCCUGCAGGCACUUGGGAGACACAAUGCCAGAAGUCAAGUCAAUAUUCAGAGAAGUUCUGCCUAAACAAGGGCAGCUAUCCAUGGAAGAUGUCCCUACCAUGGUUCUGUGUAAGCCAAAGCUGCUCCCACUCAAAUCAGUCACCCUAGAGAAACUGGAGAAGAUGCAUAUGGAGGCUCAAGAGGCUGUCAAGCAACAGGAACUGGCAAUGAAGGAGCAGCCACAGUAGCCGCCUAAUGGCGGACGUGCAACAGCAGAAGCAGCCAGACGGGCAGAAAAUUCCUUUAGAUGGAAGGCAGGGUGUUUUUAAGCACAAAUAGACUCAGUAGUUUUAUGACACUGACAUGUAACAUGAGGAAGUUUAAUUUUUGCUACAUGGAGUAGAGAGUUGUCACCUGAGCUCCAAUACUAUUCAGCUCUUCUUCCUGUUCACUAAUCAUUAUCAAAUGAUCUAUUGCACGUGCUCAAUAAGCAUUAAGUCUAAUCGCUUGCCAGAUUUUACAGAGUGGUUGGCUACUGAGACCUGUGCACAUCUACAGACCUUUCAUUUGUAUAGUUCUACCUGUAAUCUGGCCUCACUUCAUACAACAAAAUGUUAAUGUACCACCUCCUUGUUGAAGCGAAUGUAGGGAAGAGUUAAUUCAUGUUUCAGUUGGUAGCAUGUGUUAAUAUUGUGACAUGAACAAAAACAGCCUUUGAUUGUUUAACAGUGGUUUAAUGAACAAACAAGAAGCAAUAUGGGGUACAUUUCACAAACCAGUAUUGCCGAGAUAUAAAAAUAAACACUCUUAAGAACCA